AUGGAGUUUAUCACCCAAACCAAGAUCCAUUGGCAAUGUAUCCACGUCCAUGAACCAGAGAGUGGUAGAGGGAGGCUUGUGCUCCUGGCUCCAGUCAGUGCCCUGCUGAGUGCUCCUGAAUUUCAGAGGAAGUGGCAAUUGUUGAUAGAAGAUCAGGGUCCCUUUCUGGCACACCCUGGGGCUGAGGUGGGUGGGGAAUAUUUCCUGAGUGUCACUUCUUUUUCCUUGCAGCCCCCGCAAAAGAAAAAGAAACGCCCUGACAAUGAAGCGGAAGCCAUAAAGAUCCAGGCUUGGUGGCGCGGCACCCUGGUGCGCCGGACUCUGCUGCACGCAGCCCUCCAGGCCUGGAUCAUUCAGUGCUGGUGGCGGCAGACAUUGGCGAGGCUACAGACCAAGAAGCGGCAGGAGGCGCUGGAGUGCUUUGCACGGCGAGAACGGGCAGCAACCAGCGCUCAGGCCUGGUUCCGCAUGCUGUGCAUCCGCCGGCGUUACUGCCGCCUGCUCAACGCUGUCCGCAUCAUCCAGGCCUAUUGGCGGUGGCGGUGGAGGUUGCGUCAUUGCCAUACCCGUGGCGAUUUCCAGGGUAGCUAUGAACUCACAGCAAACCAGCUACAACUUCGGCUUGAAAUCCUUCUGGGCUCACUGACUUGUCGAAUUACGGACUGCAUUCCCUUCCCAAUAAAGGAAUGACCAG